AUGUUUGCUCGGGAACUCAAUAGAUCAUGCAUUAUUAGGGAUCAAAUUGGCUAUCAAUUGUUUCAUGAUUGUAGUUCGAAGUUAAGUGUUGGAAAUAUAAGGAAUAUCAAUAAGGGUAGUUUUAAAUUCUUCUUGAAUCCAAAAUAUAAACUUAAAAAAAAUGAUGUCACUCAUACCAAAUUUAAGAAAUCUCUGACUCGAAAAGAUAUAGAAUCAAUAAAUGAUUAUUUUUUGAAAAGAACCAAAGGGUUAGAACCAGAUGCAACAAUCAAGCAAUUGGAUGAGAUUAGCAAAGAGUUUCAUGAAAGAUUUGAUAAAAGAUACUUGGAACCCUCUAAGGAAUGGUUACACUGCCAGGCAAAACAUGUUUCGGUAUUAAAAAUUCCUCCUACAUUUCAAUUCAAUUUUGAUACUCUGUGGAACAUACCAUUGCAAAUUGGUGAUCUUGUAUUAUUGAAAUCUCAUCCACAUGAAUUAUCUAUGUGUGUUGGGUUACCUCAUUCUGUUACAGAUCCGAGAUACACAUUUGUCACAAUAAAUGGGACCAUUAUUUUUCAUCCAAAAAACCAAAUUCAUUUAAGGAUCCCUCACAAAUUGCCUAAAGAUAUUAAAAGUUUAAUUCAAAAAGAAUCAGAUCAUGGUUAUGAUUCAAUUGGCACAAUAAGAGACAAAAUAGGUUCCACUGUCAUAUUGCCAUCUGUGGUUCGAGAAAAAUUAACCAGUAUUCCAACUUCAAAAAUCACAAGAAAUGCUUGGCUACAAUUACCCAUUGUUAUUAAAAAGUUGAAAUUACUAAAUAGAUGGCUACAAAAAGAUGAAAAACCUUAUCAGAUCUCAUUUCCAUAUUUGGUCAAACUUGUAGAAAAAUUGGAUUUAAAUAAAUAUAAAGAUCAAAAUUAUUUAAAACAAUUGACUGUUGGCACAAAAAAUUUAAAUAAUAAUAAUAUUUAUAUUAAUUUGAAUGCAUCUACUUUUCUUGCUACUUAUUGGGGGGUAAAAGAGCAACAAACUUUCAACAUGUGGGGUGAUCUUCAUAUUAACUCUGCAAUUCUAUCUCCUAUCUCUGUAACAAUAUUACCAAUAGAAUCAAGACAAUUAUUCUAUCACAAGCUACUACAAAGAUUUAGUGAAAACAAUCAUAAAGCUAUUGAUAAAUUUAUCACAUUAGUAGAAACGAAUCAAUAUGACAAAAUAUCCAAUGAAUUUGAAGAUAUUAUACGGGUUUUAGAAGACUAUUCAUCCGGGAACUUUGUUAAAAAUAUUAAGAAUAAUCCAAUUGUUACAAUUAUAUCAACAAUUUUUAGGAAAUUACCUAAAUAUCAAAAUAAAGAUAUUACUAAAGAUGUAUGUUUUGAAUUAUUACAAGAUAUAUGUCCAGAUUAUAAAUAUGUUAACCCUCUUUUGAAUAAUUUACAUGUAAGGAGUCAGAUAGAGAAGAGUGCACCAAUAUUUGAUUUAUACAGAUAUGAUGAAAAUGAGGAGUUGUUUGAGAAAUCUUCUCCAUUUUCCCAACUUUAUAAGGAAAUAAAUUGUAAGAGAGUAGACUAUACCAAAUUACCUGUAUAUUGCAUCGAUUCAGAACUAGCUCAUGAAAUUGAUGAUGGUAUUUCUAUCAUGCAAAGAGAUGAUAAUCUUUAUACCUUAUAUAUUCACAUUGCAGAUCCAGUAUCAGUGUUCCCUGAAUCAUUAACUGGUAACCAUAUCUCAAGUCCCUUACUAAAAAUAGCCUUAGAAAAAGCCUUUACUACAUAUUUACCAGAUAUUGUAGAUCCAAUGUUACCAAAGUCAAUAACCCAAUUGACAGGGAUGGGAACAUCAGGUAAGAACAGUAGAGCAAUUACAUUUUCUGUUGAUGCAACUUUCAUUAAUGAGCGUCAAUUUAAAAUUCUUGAUAAUACAUUUAAGAUAGAAUUAAGUUAUGUUUCACAUUUUCCUAAAGUUACAUAUAAUACGGUUGACCAAAUAUUGAGUAAUGAUAAAAAUUUUCCUGCGUCUAGCUCCAUGAAAAACGAUUUGGAUCAAAUGUCCAAAAUAGCUCGAGAACUAAGGAAAUAUCGUAUUAAUGAAGGUAAUGCUGUUAUAUUUGGUGAAGGAUUUAAUAGAGGUUUGGUACAGUUAGAGUCAUCCAGUGGCAAAAUACCACAUAUUACUUUUAAAAAUCAAAUAGAAUCACCUUCCACUAUUUUAGUAUCGGAAUUUAUGAUUUUGGCUAAUAGACUUACAGGUAACUUUUUUAAACAAAACAAUAUUCCAGGAGUAUUUAGAACUUAUAAUGAUUUAUCUCUGGGGCCAAUUGCAUACAAAAGUUAUGCAAGACUACAAGAACAAACUAGGAGAGGGCAUAUUCCAGAUAUAACUGAUGUUGUUAAAUUAUCUUCUUUACUGAAUUCCAGUGUUUACUCAAGUUCUCCACUUCCACAUAAAAUGAUUGGUGUAUCUUCGUAUUUAACUGUUACGUCUCCCUUAAGAAGAAUGCCGGAUUUGAUCAAUCAUAUUCAAAUACAUAGAUACUUGAACAGGCUGGGUUUGGCCUUUCAGAAAAAAGAUAUUGAUAGUAUGCUAUGGGGGCUUCAGUCAAGAGCGGAUAUAAUCAAAUCUCUUGCAAAUAAUGUUUCUUCUUAUUGGACUUUGAAAUACUUAAAAAAUAAAGUAGAACAAAACAGCAAUCAAUGGUUUGAGGUAUUGGUGACAUCAUAUCCCUUUGAUGGGAAAGUGCAUUGUGUCUUCCCAGAAAUGACGUUUGCUCGUGGGAUUUUGAAAAUACCCACUAACACGCCUCAUCCAAAAAUAGGGACACGAAUUAAGAAUUGUAAAAUAGUCAAUAUAGAUUGUUUGGAGAACAACCUUGAAUUGGAAAUUGAGCAAAACUCUUGUAAAUAA